AUGGGAGAGAUGGCAGAUCCAAUCCAGUUAAAAGAUGAGGGAAACAAGCAUUUCCAAGCCGGUGAGGUGGACAAGGCCAUUGAGUGCUACACAAAAGCCACCAAGUUGUGCAAAGACAAAAAGGUGCUCGCUGUCAUCUACAGGAACAGAUCAGCCUGCUUCCUGAAAAAGGAAAGCUACACCAAUGCAGCCUCUGAUGCCUCCAAAGCCAUUGACGUGGAUGCAGCAGACGUCAAAGCCCUGUUCCGGCGCUGCCAGGCUCUGGAGAAGCUGGACAAGCUGGACAUGGCCUUCAAAGACGUCCAGAGGUGUUCCACCAUCGAGCCCAAAAACAAGACCUUCCUGGAGACCCUCAGGAGGCUGGGGGCGGAGAUCCAAGCCAAGCUGAAGACAACCUUCUCCACAGACUCACGGGUCCAGAACAUGUUUGACAUUCUGCUUGAUGAGGAGAUGGACAAGGACAAGAAGGAAAAGGCUGCUAACAAUCUGGUGGUUCUGGCCAGAGAAGAUGCUGGUGCUGAGAGAAUCUUCCAGAACAACGGAGUGCCUCUGCUGCUGGAUAUGCUUGAGACCGGAAAAGUAGAGAUGGUCCUGGCCGCUAUCCGUACCUUCGCGGGAAUGUGCACUGGACACAAAGCACGGACCAUGGCCAUUAUCCACCUGGUGGGCAUUGACAAGCUGUGCAGCAUCAUGGCUGUCGACAAUGAGGACAUUGCCUUGGCAACUUCCGACCUGUUCCAGUGCAUCAACGACUCCCUUACCGGAGGAGACCGGAGGAUUUAUGGGAAGGAGGAAGCCCUGGUUUUGGAUGCAAGCAAGGACUUGAAGAGCAUCCUGAUGGCCCUGCUGGAGAUGGUUGCCAGUAAGAAGGUUUCAGGACACGGCAGAGACCAGGCCCUGAACCUGCUGUGCAGGAACGUGCCUCGCAAGGACAAGAAAGACCAUGACCACUCCAAGAGCCUCUUCACCAUCGACCAUGGUCUGAAGAAGAUACUGAAGGUGUGUGGCCAGAUACCUGACCUCCCAGACCAGCUGCCCAUGACGGAGAACACUCAGCUCAUCGCCAGCGUGUUGCUUGACAAGCUCUGGGACGACCUGCGCUGCGACCCCGAGAGAGACCACUACAGGGAAGUCUGUGACGAGUACAUCAAAGGCAAGUUUGACCCCAACGACAUGGACAGGAACAUCCACGCCAUCAACGCUCUGUCAGGCCUGCUGCAGGGGCCAUUUGAGGUUGGCAACCAGCUGGUGGGUCGCCAGGGCAUCAUGGAGAUGAUGGUGGCGCUGUGCGGCUCUGAGCGUGAGGUGGACCAGAUGGUUGCCGUGGAAGCGCUGAUCCACUCCUCGACAAAGAUGAGCCGCGCCUCCUUCAUUAUCACCAACGGCGUGUCGCUGCUCAAAGACAUCUACAAGAAGACCAAGAACGAGAAGAUCAAGAUCCGUGCGCUGGUGGGUCUGUGUAAGCUGGGCUCAGCAGGUGGAGAUGACUAUAGUAUGAGGCAGUUUGCUGAGGGCUCCACUGAAAAACUGGCAAAACAGUGCAGGAAGUGGCUGUGUAACUCUGCCAUGGACACGAAGACCAGGAAGUGGGCUAUAGAAGGUCUGGCCUACCUGACCCAAGACGCUGAUGUAAAGGAUGACUUUGUUGAGGACGAGCCUGCUAUGAAAGCCAUGUUUGAACUGGCCAAGGUAGGUACUUCUAAAGAUAAGACCAUCCUAUAUGCUGUGGCCUGUACCCUGGUGAACUGCACCAACAGCUAUGAAAAGAAAGAGAUCAUGCCUGAGCUGGUUCAGCUGGCCAAGUUCUCCAAGCAGCAUGUCCCAGAGCAGCACCCCAAGGACAAGAAGGAUUUCAUCCAGAAGAGAGUGAAGAGGAUGCUAAAGGGAGGGGUCAUCUCAGCUCUCACUGUCAUGGUGAAGGCUGACAACCUUCUCCUGACUGACCAGACCAAAGAGAUGCUGGCAAGGGUGUUCCUUGCCUUGGCAGAUGAUGCCAAAGACCGUGGCACGAUUUGUGCCCAUGGAGGGGGCAAGGCUCUGAUCCCAUUGGCUCUGGAGGGAUCAGCUAUAGGGAAAAUAAGGGCCUCCCACGCCCUGGCCAAGAUCGCUGCUGUGUCCAACCCAGAGAUUGCCUUUCCAGGAGAGAGGAUCUAUGAGGUGGUGCGUCCUCUGGUCAGCCUGUUGCACCCUGAGAGAGACGGGGUGCAGAACUACGAGGCACUUCUGAGUCUCACCAAUUUGGCUGGUCUCAACGACAAACUGAGAGUGAAGAUCCUGAAAGAGAAGGCUCUCCCUGAGAUUGAGCAGUACAUGUUUGAAGACCAUGAUCAUAUCAGACAGGCAGCCACAGAGUGCAUGUGCAACCUGGUGACGUGCAAAGAGGUGCAGGAUCGGUACCUGGAGGAUGGGAAUGAUAGGCUGAAGCUGCUGGUGCUGAUGUGUGCUGAGGACGAUGAAAAGCUCCAGAGAGCUGCAGCCGGAGCACUGGCCAUGCUCACUGCCGCCCAGAAGAAACUGUGCACCAAGAUGACCCUGGUGACUUUGCAGUGGAUGGAGAUCCUUCAGAGGCUCAUUCUCCAUGACCAGCCCCAGAUCCAGCACAGAGGUCUGGUGAUUGUGUACAACAUACUGAACUCGGACGACAACGAGCUAGCCAAGAAGCUGAUCGAGAGCGAGAUCCUGGAGAUCCUGACAGUGAUUGGCAAAGCAAUGGACAACCCCAAGAGGCAGCUUGUGAUCGAUGUGGCACGCACCUGCCUGGUCAAGGCCAUGGACCUCGGCCUCAUCAAGCCAUUCACAACCCCUUCUUAAAGCAGUGUUUCUUAAGCUUUUUAUAGUACUAAGGACUGGCUUGCAAUGGACCUACUCCCUUCAAGGCACGACCCAAUCAACCAGAAACAAAUCACACAGAAAUAAGAACAUGUAUGACAGUUCCAUUUUAGUCCAAUGAGUGUGUAUAUUUGGUGGGUACACUUGCAAACGCCCAUACCCCUCACUGCCCACAGUCCUCCCAAAGUGUCAGGCCAACACUUGUUACAGUACAUUGGACUUACAGUUUGUGCCUUUUAAUGAAAACUGCAACGUGUGAGCUAAUUACAGUCUGCCUAACUUGCUGAUCAGAUACACCCCACAGAUUGAGGUCCAGAGACUGAAGAUUGAGAAACUCUGUGUUGAGUGUGGGCCUAUGGACAGGGAGGCCAGGAGAUGGGACUGAUGGUGCACCUGAACAGCUACCUAUCAUGAAAUCAGAGACAGUACAAAUUAAUCUCUUGAGAUAUUUUAUUUAGAAUUUUCAGAAAGAAAACACCACGUGAACCAUUUAUUAGAAAAGAUAACAAUGCCUGUCUUGGCAUUAGAGCUCUGUCCUGCAGGGUAGCUCACUGCCAGAUCCAAGCGUCAUAUGAAUGUUAUAAUAAAACUAUAGGCAGUGAGCACGCUACGCUAUGUCAAAUCCCCCCCCGAUGGAAGAAACAGAAUCCACAGGUGGAGGCUGGGCUGGUCGAUGGAUAUCAGAAACAGAACCCACAGGUGGAGGCUGGGCUGGUGGUGGGAUAUCAGAAACAGAACCCACAGGUGGAGGCUGGGCUGGUGGUGGGAUAUCAGAAACAGCAAGCAUAGCGAGUAACAGCUAGUUACAGCAGCAAGAGACAUCAGCGCAUGAGAGCGUGUGACAUACAGCAUUGGGGAAGCAUGUGCAGAAGUGGUGGACUUCAAUAGACCGCAUGUAUUAAUGGGAAUCCAACUGGUGCAAUAUCCGCUGAUGCGAUCAGCUGAAGCCACCACACUCAUGUUUCCCUUCUGAACCGGCUACACUUUAUAUAGAUUUUUUUGUAAGUUAAGUAGAGUUUAUUUGUGUGAAUAAGAGGUGUUUGUUUAAUGUUAUUUGUAUUUUACACUUAAGGAUAAAGAUGAGAAUUUUGACUAUUGUCUAUCUUGAUUUUAGUGGACAAUUUUAUUCUACUGUUUGUCAGUACAGCCUCGUAUGAUUUUCAACAGUGGACAUUGGUCAUGACUGUUUUUGAUAAGCAGUUUAAAACAGUCACAUGGGCAAAAUAUAUAUUCUUUUAAGGUUUGGACUUUUGCAGCAGGAAGAAGAGGAAAACAUUUGUAGCCCGUGAAAGCUCAAAGUUGUCUGGCUAAAGGCAAACGGAAGAAAUGGGCGGGGCUGUCGGCAUCCAAUGACCAUGAAGUGGGAGUGGCAUUUUUAUUUCCAUCCACUGUGUUCACUUGGUUUUUAACAACAGAGAUGGAAGAGGAUGUGAGACACCCCCAUCAAUUUUUUUUUAAUGGUUGAAUGAAAGUCAAUUAACUAAAUAGACCAGACACAACUGCUAUUGCAUUGGUGUCUAUGGGAGACACCCAGUUAAGUAGACCGGAACUGAACAUUUCUUUCAAUGGUAAAAAGCCUGAGUGUAAUAUUUUCAAUUAUCCACCAUCUUGGUAUACAGCUUAUGUCAGAAUUGACCUCCAGGUGACCCCUACCCCCGCAAAAAUAAGACUUCCAUCUUGAUGACUUCCAGAAAAAGAAGGCAAAUAGCCUCACACAGAUGUUGAUGUGUGUGUGUGUAUUUUUGCAUGUGCAGUAAGCCCACAGGCUGAUUCUUUCCUCCUUUCUUGGCAGAGAUCUCAGAAAAGGUUCAUUUGUAAACCCCAAAUUGAUCACGUAGAAUGUACACUGAGUGUACAAAACAUUAGGAACACAGACUGACCAGGUGAAAGCUAUGGUCCCUUAUUGAUGUAACUUGUUAAAUCCACUUAGAUGAAGUGGAAGAGACAGGUUAAAGAAGGAUCUUUAAGCCUUGAGACAUGGAUUGUGUAUGUGUGCCAUCCAGAGGGUGAAUGGGCAAGACUAAAUAUUUAAGUGCCUUUGAACUGGGUAUGGUAGUAGGUGCCAGGCGCACCGGUUUGAGUCAAGAAGUCAAGAAGUGCAAUGCUGUUAGGGUUUUCACGCUCAACAGUUUCCCAUGUGUAUCAAGAAUGGUCCACCACCUUAAAGGCAUCCAGCCAACUUGACACAACUGUGGGAAGCAUUAGUCAACAUCCCUGUGGAAUGCUUUCGACACCUUUUAGAAUUGAGGCUGCUCUGAGGGCAAAAGGGAGUGCAACUCAAUAUCUUAAUGUUUUGUACACUCUGUGUAUAUGGAAUAUCUCACAUCAGGCCUUUUGAAUAAAGUAAUGUUUUGCUGUGA